GCCCAGCCCGGGCGAGCGGCCGCUACCUGCCCGGCGCCGCCUCCCGCCCGACCGCGGCCCAACUUGCAUGGAGUUGGGGUCCUGAGCGCCUGCGCCCCGCAGCCCGCCCGCGGAGAGCCCCGCGCCGCCACCUUCGCUCUGGGACCCCGUCUGGGCGCCUCUCCGCUCCCGCCAUGGGAAAAGUUGGCGCCGGCCGCGGCUUCCCGGCCCGGCUGAGCGCGCUCCUCGCCGGCGCGGGGCUCUUGGUUCUCUGCGCCCCCGGCGCCUGCGGCAGCGGCUCUUGCUGCCCCCCGCCGCACUCCAGCUCGACCUCACGCUGGGCACCGACCUCUGGGGGCUUUUCUCGUCCGGGGCUGCCAGGCAGGGCUCCUGCCACGCCCCUGCCCCUCCUAGUGCGUCCCCUGUUCACGGUGGCCCCCGGGGACCGAGUGCUGUCCCUGGAGCGGGCCCGGGGCACUGGGGCGUCCGUGGCGGUUGCAGCGCGCUCUGGCCGGAGGAGACGGAGCGAAGAGGACCUGGAGAAAGCAGAACGGAAAGAGGGCGCAAGUAGGAGCCCCCGGGGAGUGCUAAGGGACGGAGGGCAGCAGGAGCCUGGGACUCGGGAGCGGGACCCGGACAAAGCCACCCGCUUCCGGAUGGAGGAGCUGAGACUGACCAGCACCACGUUUGCGCUGACAGGCGAUUCAGCACACAACCAAGCCAUGGUCCACUGGUCCGGCCACAACAGCAGCGUGAUUCUCAUUUUGACAAAGCUCUACGACUAUAACCUGGGGAGCAUCACUGAGAGCUCACUUUGGAGGUCAACCGAUUAUGGAACAACCUAUGAGAAGCUGAAUGAUAAAGUUGGCUUGAAAACAAUUUUAAGCUAUCUCUAUGUGUGUCCUACCAACAAGCGUAAGAUCAUGUUACUCACAGACCCGGAGAUUGAGAGCAGCUUGCUGAUCAGCUCAGAUGAAGGGGCGACCUAUCAAAAGUACCGGCUGAAUUUCUACAUCCAGAGCUUGCUUUUUCACCCCAAGCAAGAGGACUGGAUUCUGGCAUACAGUCAAGACCAAAAGUUAUACAGCUCUGCUGAAUUUGGGAGAAGGUGGCAGCUUAUCCAGGAAGGGGUCAUACCAAACAGGUUUUACUGGUCUGUCAUGGGGUCAAGCAAGGAACCAGACCUCGUGCAUCUCGAGGCCAGAACUAUAGAUGGUCAUUCACAAUAUCUAACUUGCCGAAUGCAGAACUGCACAGAGGCCAACAGAAAUAAGCCCUUUCCAGGCUACAUUGACCCAGACUCUUUGAUUGUCCAAGAUGAUUACGUGUUUGUUCAGCUGACUUCAGGAGGCCGGCCGCACUACUACGUGUCCUACCGAAGGAACGCAUUUGCCCAAAUGAAGCUUCCGAAAUACGCUUUGCCCAAGGACAUGCAUGUCAUCAGCACAGAUGAGAACCAAGUGUUCGCAGCAGUCCAAGAAUGGAACCAAAACGACACGUACAAUCUAUACAUCUCAGACACCCGUGGUAUCUACUUCACCCUGGCCUUGGAGAAUGUCCAGAGCAGCCGAGGCCCAGAGGGCAACGUCAUGAUUGACCUCUAUGAGGUAGCAGGGAUAAAGGGAAUGUUCUUGGCUAACAAGAAGAUUGACAACCAAGUGAAGACUUUCAUCACGUAUAACAAAGGCAGAGACUGGCGUUUGCUGCAGGCACCAGACACGGAUCUAAGGGGGGACCCUGUGCACUGCUUGCUGCCCUAUUGCUCACUACAUCUUCACCUGAAGGUCUCUGAGAACCCCUACACCUCUGGGAUCAUUGCCAGCAAAGACACAGCUCCCAGCAUCAUAGUGGCAUCAGGUAACAUAGGUUCUGAAUUGUCAGACAGUGACAUCAGCAUGUUUGUCUCUUCAGAUGCAGGGAACACUUGGAGGCAGAUCUUUGAAGAAGAGCACAGUGUUUUAUACCUGGAUCAAGGCGGAGUCCUGGUUGCUAUGAAACACACAUCUCUCCCAAUUCGACAUCUUUGGUUGAGUUUUGAUGAAGGGAGAUCUUGGAGCAAAUACAGUUUCACAUCUAUUCCACUUUUUGUGGACGGGGUUCUGGGGGAGCCUGGAGAAGAGACUCUGAUCAUGACAGUGUUUGGGCACUUCAGCCACCGCUCUGAAUGGCAGCUGGUCAAAGUGGACUACAAGUCCAUCUUUGACAGACGGUGUGCAGAGGAGGACUACAGACCCUGGCAGCUGCACAGCCAGGGGGAAGCAUGCAUCAUGGGAGCAAAAAGGAUAUAUAAGAAGCGAAAAUCAGAGCGGAAGUGUAUGCAAGGAAAAUACGCAGGAGCUAUGGAAUCUGAACCCUGUGUCUGCACGGAGGCUGAUUUUGACUGCGACUACGGUUAUGAGCGGCACAGCAAUGGCCAGUGUCUGCCGGCAUUUUGGUUCAAUCCAUCCUCUCUGUCAAAGGAUUGCAGCUUGGGACAGAGUUACCUCAAUAGUACUGGGUAUAGGAAGGUGGUUUCCAACAACUGCACUGAUGGCGUAAGAGAACAGUACACUGCCAAGCCACAGAAGUGUCCGGGAAAGGCCCCCCGGGGGCUGCGGAUCGUCACGGCUGAUGGAAAGCUGACAGCAGAGCAAGGGCACAACGUUACUCUCAUGGUGCAAUUGGAAGAGGGUGAUGUUCAGCGGACACUCAUCCAGGUGGACUUCGGCGAUGGUAUCGCAGUGUCUUAUGUCAACCUCAGCUCCAUGGAAGAUGGGAUCAAACACGUCUAUCAGAAUGUGGGCAUUUUCCGAGUGACCGUGCAGGUGGACAACAGUCUGGGGUCUGACAGCGCCGUCCUGUACUUACAUGUAACUUGUCCCCUGGAGCACGUGCACCUCUCUCUUCCCUUUGUCACCACAAAGAACAAAGAAGUCAACGCAACAGCCGUGCUGUGGCCCAGCCAAGUGGGGACCCUCACUUACGUGUGGUGGUACGGAAACAACACGGAGCCCUUGAUCACCCUGGAGGGAAGCAUCUCAUUCAAGUUUACUUCGGAAGGAAUGAAUACCAUCACGGUGCAGGUCUCAGCUGGGAACGCCAUCCUGCAGGACACGAAGACCAUCGCGGUGUAUGAGGAAUUCCGGUCUCUUCGCUUGUCCUUUUCUCCAAACCUGGAUGACUACAACCCAGACAUCCCUGAGUGGAGGAGGGACAUCAGCCGAGUCAUCAAAAAGUCCCUGGUGGAAGCCACUGGAGUUCCAGCCCAGCACAUCUUGGUGGCGGUGCUCCCUGGCUUACCCACCGCUGCCGAGCUCUUUGUCUUGCCCUAUCAGGAUCCAACGGGAGAAAACAAAAGGUCAGCAGAUGAUCUGGAGCAGAUUUCGGAAUUACUGAUCCAGAAGCUCAACCAGAACUCAGUACACUUUGAACUGAAGCCAGGGGUUCAAGUCUUUGUCCAUGCAGCCCACUUAACAGCAGCGCCACUGGUGGACCUCACUCCAGCCCACAGUGGAUCCGCCAUGCUGAUGCUGCUCUCAGUGGUGUUUGUGGGGCUGGCGGUGUUCGUCAUCUACAAGUUUAAAAGGAAGAUCCCGGGGAUUAAUGUUUAUGCCCAGAUGCAGAAUGAGAAAGAACAAGAGAUGAUCAGUCCAGUCAGUCACUCUGAAAGCAGGCCCAAUAUCCCUCAGACUGAACUAAGGAGGCCUGGCCAGCUUAUAGAUGAGAAGGUGGAAUCACAGCUCAUAGGAGAGUAGCUUUACCCUCCCCUCCCUCCCCUUCUACUCAACCUGGUGACUCAUCUCUCCGAUUGCAAAGAGCAAGACACGCCAGUCCACCUUCAACGCCAAAGGGAUCUGCUGCCGCACAAUUUGCAAUUUAAGGAAAACCCCCAAAGGCUACAGGCGACCUGCUGAUCAGGAAAGAAAUUCGCUCUUGUCAAGUGCAUCAUCCUUCAUGACCACUAACUUUAUUUUUUUUUUUUCUUUCUUUCCUUUGUUGUUCUGUUUCCUAUUUUGCCAGGAAGUAUUUCCAUAGUUGCUGAGAAUCAAAGCACAAAAGAAAUCCCUACCUAUGUAAAUGUUUGAAUGGAGGACGCCAGUAAAAACAAAAACAAAAACAAAACAACAAAAAAUAAAAAAAAAAAUCAAAAUACAAACAAACAAACAAACACUCACUGCAUCGGGACUUUUUAAUUCUUCAGACACAGACAACAAGGGUUUUUAGCUUUAAGCCUGUGCAUGUGGACAAUACUUUGAGAACAUGUCUGGAGGGGCAGUGUACACAGGUGCUCUAUUUUAAUGGAAAACACUCCCCUCCCCCUUUCUUCUUCUCUCUCUUUUUUCUGAUCGGUCGUGUUUGUAGAAAAUUCAUAACAUAUACAGGCCAAGGAAAUCUGCAUGUAUUUUUGGAAAUAUUCUUGGCUCUAGAUCUAACAGCUAUUUUAGCACUCCAGGCUGAUGGGUGGAUUAGCCACCCCAGCUCCUUUCAUAAGACACAAAGACAUGCACAGGAGUUUGAAACCCUGAGCUGUUUCUCUGUUCCACUUUCCUUAUGGUCAUUUUUCCUUCUGAGUUAGCUUUGGUAGCUCUGUUGGUCAGGAGUGGCCACAGGGCUGCUUUCUCCAUUCUCUGUGGCCACAGGGACAAAGACAUGAAUUGAAGACCAGAGUAAGCAGGUAGAAAAGGGAAGGAAAGGAAGCAGGGAGGUAAAGCAUGUCAGGAACGGGCCUGUUUGUCCUGCUCAUCUCUUCCCACCAUGACUGACUGCUUCCCCUUACAGCUCUUCCUACUCCUGCCUCAAUUUAUGUAGAAAAUGGAACCCCAUUAGUUACCCAUUGUCUUAGCCUUCCAGUUUGUUUGCCAUCCAUUUGUGGCCAUGAUCUACUGAUGUCUUUGAAUCCCUUCUUUCCAACCCCCAAGUUAUCCUUCAGCUCCUCCUACUUUUUCUUCCCAAAUAUGUUGCUAGAUUCUGGACGUUAACCCUGAUGUUUCCUAAAUACUGGCCUAGUCUCUGCCAACCCUGCCUCCCACCACUCACAAAUUUCUGAUCCCUUUGUUAGUUUUGUACACUCCCAAGCAUGCCAGCUUCUGUGCUCACUGACCCAGCUACGUCCUACACAGCAGGGUUCAGUUUCAUGUAUCCUUUGUCUCUUCCUCUAGAACCCACCUUUUCCAAAUAUCCCUUCCUUUUCCCACCUGGAAACAUAUAAUGUGUGUGAAAGAGUUGAUAUAUGCAAAGCAAUUCAAACCUGGCCAUGUACUUUGGAAAAGAAAGCAUACAGAUGAAUAAUGGUGUUCUCACAGCUUGACAAAAAACAAAACAAACAAACAAAAAAAAACUCAUGUGAUCUGAUUCCAGAAGGUUCUUAUGAGAAAUGUUUUGAAUGUGUGACUAUGUUGCAGGGCAAUUUCUUCCUGUGAUGGUUGCUGUUACACAAUAUUUCCUCUCUCAUAGCAGAAUAAACAUAUUUGUGAAAUAAAACUGAUUUUAACCGGAAGGAGAAGCAGGUUAAUGGAAUUAAUGUUAAAGACUGUCAAAAAGUCUUAGAGAACAUAUGGAGGUCUUGUCUUACAUUAGGAUGAGAGUUUGAUUAUUUGAAGUGAUCCUAAUGAUUUCACAUGUGUGCUCUCUGAUCUCUGAGUAUCAUAGUUUCAUUAAAGGAAAAAUAAGUCAGUAUAAAAAGGGAAAAGUUUGCUGAUUAGCAAAGUGGAUUGGCUCAAAGCACGAAGACAUCCCAGUUUUCCCAGGGCUAUCAUGUCCAAAGGCCCAGAGAAAGAAGGAAACAGAAGCCUGUUCAGUUAUGGACUGGGUAAAGCCCGCUCUGAAUUAGAGGAGAAAGCAGUUCUGAGAAACCACUCAGAGAGCUCAACCUCCUUCUUGGCUGUGUCCAUAAGCCAAUAACAGGGUAUAACAGGGGCCCUGGUGGUAACAGGGGUGUCCUAAGGAUCCCGAUGACUCCUCCCUUACAUAGCUCAGGCAAAGAAGGAGGAGCAGAGCUGCUGUCAGAAGUUAGUCAAGCAGAAAUUGUUCUGGUUGAGGAUGCGCCACAUGAAUCUGGGAAAUGGAUUAUGCCUGUGGCAGCCACCUAUUUGUAGAACUCAAUUGAUCCCCACCCUGCCAGGCUUCCUAUCUCACGGGACACAUCCUCAUUGAUCCUCUUCAGUUGGAGCCUCCUAGAUAUAAUCUGGAAGACAAAGUCUGAUAACCAAAAGAGGCUCACUCAAACCAGCACAGGGAGUCCUCGGAGUUGCAUUUCACUUCAUUUUAAUUAGAAAAUUAUGGGAAAAAAAAAAGAAAUAACACUCUUAAUCUAGCACAGUGCCUUGCCUAGAGUAGUAAUAUGAAAAUUAUUUGUUGAAGAAAUACAUGAAGGAAAAGAUACAGGGAAGCAUGGGCUGAAAAUCCUAAUUAAAAAUAGAGGUGGACAGGAGAUGCCUGGCAUUUUGGAAAGUGACCAAAGAUGGCCAGCUAUAGAUUCAGCAUCUUCAGUGUCCUUAUGUGCCUCUCCUCAAAGCUCCCUCCCACCUAUAGAAGAUAAAUGAGGCAAGAAGGUACUGUCCAGAGGGUACCUCGUUGUUCUUGUGACCUUGGCCAGUGGUUCUCAAAGCGUGGUACCCAGACCAGCAGUAUCAGCAUCACCUCGGGGCUUGUCAGAAAUGCAGAUUCUGGACCCAUACCCCAUACCUACUGAUUAGAAACUUAGAGGAUGCACAGUGUGUUCUCCAUUGCUAGGGGAUAGUGGGCCCAGCAAACCAUUUUAACAAGCCCUCCAGGUGACUAUGAUGCAUGCUAAAGUUUGAGAACCACUGUACCCUGCCAUUCCAGCUAAAUCCCAAAGGGAAGGCAGUAAUGAGAACCUACAAAUGGGAGGGACCCAAGUGCCUAGCUACUCGCUAAUAGCAGGUGCAAACACAAGAAGGAGUCUGGUGGGCUUAAGGUCAGAGGAGUGUGUGGGGAGGGAUGUAUGUGGAAGGUAAGAUUCAGGGCAAGCCAAAAAUCUAAUAUUGCAACAUUUUCCAAAAUCCCAGAAGGCAAACUGUGCGUGCUCUACCCUGAACUACCCAACCGACAUUUUCUCUCUUGCCUUAUUUUUAAUUGGAUUCACUGUCCAAAAUGCAGAGAUUGGUUUGCUUUGCUUUUCUUCAGAAGUUCCAAACAGCAACUUUGAGAGCAAUGGGGUGCUUGGCAGCUGUUCUGUGUUUUCCAGGAUUCCAACUGAGCAUUGAAAUCCCUCAUUUGCCAACUUAUUUUUAUAGGAAGCCAAUUUAAAAAAAAAUGAAAGUUUUCUUAUAGUAUUGGAACUACUUCUAAUUUUAAAAUGACUUUUUUGAUGUAUUUUUUGUUAAAUACUAUGUAGUGUAAUGUAUAAUUGCUAUUGUUUAUUGCUUUUACAAUCAUAUUUAUUAAACAGAUAAUGUCUCUAAA